CUUCUCUCCCUCUCCACAUCUCUCGACUCAUGCCGCCCCUACAGUUCUGGAAGCCUGGUACUGUUGCGCCCGGCUCUUCACUAGAUCGUGAGGCCGAAGCCGAAGGCGCGCUUGCGCUGUCUUCGGCUCGCGCCGGCAACCUCAGCCUCGAAAGCGCAAGGCAGCGGCUCCCGAUCUACAAGCACCGUAACAAGCUGCUGUGGUGCAUCGAAAAAUACGCGGUGACGAUUGUGGUGGGUCAGACGGGUAGCGGAAAGUCUACGCAGAUACCCCAGUACCUCCACGAGGCGGGGUGGACGGCGGGAGGCCGAGUCGUAGCGUGCACACAGCCCCGUCGGGUAGCUGCGACAAGCGUCGCUACGCGCGUUGCUGAAGAAGUGGGAAGCGUCCUCGGCGAUGAGGUGGGGUACUCGAUCCGGUUUGAGGACCUUUCCAAUCCCGAGCGCACACGCAUCAAGUAUCUCACAGACGGUAUGCUGUUCCGCGAGUGCAUGAUCGACCCACUUUUGAGCAAGUACAGCGUCAUCAUGAUUGACGAGGCGCACGAGCGCGGCGCGUAUACCGAUCUCCUGCUGGGCUUGCUGAAGAAGAUCAUGAAGAAGCGUCCAGAGCUACGCGUAAUCAUAUCGUCCGCCACCAUUGAUGCCGAGGACUUCCUUGAGUACUUCAACACAAACGCGGACGGGUCAGACCGGUCCAAGGACGACGCCGUCAUCGUCAGUAUCGAGGGACGGAUGUUCCCUGUCGAAGUGGCGUACUUGAGAGAACCGGUGGUCGACUACGUCCAAGCGGCGGUUGACACUGUUUUCAACAUUCAUCUGAAGGAACCUGCAGGUGAUGUCCUUGUUUUCCUCACUGGUCGUGAUGAAAUCGACGGCGCGGUCCAGCAGGUGGCAGACCGGUUACAGACACUACCUCGUGCUGCUCCCCAAAUACUUGCACUACCGCUGUAUGCCACGCUUCCACCGGAAGAACAGGACGUCAUCUUUGACCCACCACCACGAGACACUCGCAAGGUUAUUUUCGCGACCAACAUCGCAGAAGCCAGUGUCACCAUCGAUGGGAUCAAGUAUGUCGUUGACACCGGAUUUGUCAAGCUGAAGACAUUCAAUCCGCGAACAGCCAUGGACGUUCUCACCGUUACACCAUGCUCCCUAGCUUCGGCAAACCAGCGAGCAGGCCGUGCGGGACGAACGUCCGCAGGCAAAUGCUACCGCCUCUACCCCUUAAGCGUCCUGCCCUCAAAUAACCCGCUCUCGCCCAUGCCGAUCACCACUCCGCCCGAACUCGUCCGCUCCGAUGUCAGCAUGUACCUUCUCCAGCUGAAGGCACUGGGUAUCGACAACCUCGCCAAGUUUGACUUCAUGAGCCCACCGCCUAGCGCGAUGAUGGUUCGGUCCCUCGAGUUUUUGUACUCGCUGAAAGCGCUCGACGAAGAGGGAAGGUUGACACGGCCACUAGGGGAGCGCAUGGCUGAACUUCCUCUCGACCCGAUGAUGGCAGCCAUCCUUCUCAACUCAUUUACAUUCAAAUGCAGCGAGGAGGUCCUUACCAUCGCGGCAAUGACACAGGUGCAGAGCGUCUUCGUCAUCCCGGAAGGCGGUAUGCGCGCGACGAUGGCUGAACUGGAGCGGCGCAAGUUCACUGCUGAAGAGGGCGACCAUCUGACAUUGCUGAAUGCGUACAAUGCCUUCGUGCGCUACGGGCAAAAGGACAAGUCGUGGUGUGGCAACCACCGUAUCAACUUCAAGUCACUAUCGCGCGCUGUUGCCAUCCGGAAGCAGCUCAAGAAGUUCCUCGGCCGCUUCAAUAUCCCGCUUGUCAGCUGUGGAAGUGACCAUGUGACGCUGCGCAAGUGUUUGGUAUCGGGAUACUUCAAGAACGCUGCACGUAUGUUGCCUGACGGCACGUACAAGAGUGCACGCGAGGGGGCUAUCCUUCACGUCCACCCGUCCUCGGUCAUGUUCACACGUCAGCCUUCCACAGGCUGGGUUAUCUUCCACGAGGUAAUCGAGACAACCAAGAGCUUUAUGCGCGAUCUCACCGUCGUCGAGGAGGAGUGGCUUGUCGAGCUAGCACCCCACUACUACCAGUUCAAGGGCGGCGGCAUCAAGCAGCAUUAGUGCGUAUGUAGCAUCGAGUAAAGUAUUAUUAUCUAGAGCCCAUCUAUUGCCACUCGCCGGUCUUGAGCAGCUGAGCAAACACGCCCCCGCGAGCCAGAAGGCUGGCAUAUGUACCAUCCUCUGCGACCCGACCAUUGCCCAGACAGAUGAUUCGGUCGCAUCGCCGCAUGACAUCAAUGCUGUGCGUGAUGAACAUGA